AGUAAAGUACUGUGUUUAACAGUAUAAAAGACAUUACUUGUUAGGGAAUAAUCAGUCUCAAUUUGACGCUUAGAAGUGUAACUCACUAAUACAUUACUAGUGUUAGAAAGAUGAUUACUAAGAUAUCAUUAAUAUUAUUUGCCUCUCUUUUGGUGUCUGGACUAGAAGCAGAGGAGAGAUGGAGAAGAUCCCUCCAACCUGGUGCACCCAAUGUCAACAAUAAGGAUCAACCUUGGCAACUCGACCCUCAUAUCUCGCGUGAUAAGCAAGGAAAUACUAGAACUGACAUCAACAUCCAACGUCACGGUGACAAUCACGAUUUUAAGGGAGGUUGGUCUAAAGUUGUUAGAGGUCCCAAUAAAGCGAAACCUACCUGGCACGUAGGAGGUACGUACAGGUGGAGAAGAUCCCUUCAACCUGGUGCACCCAAUGUGAACAAUAAUAAUCAACCUUGGCAACUCGACCCUCACAUCUCUCGUGAUAAGCAAGGAAAUACCAAAACUGACGUCAACAUCCAACAUCACGGUGACAAUCACGAUUUUGAGGGAGGUUGGUCUAAAGUUGUUAGAGGUCCCAGUAAGGCGAAACCUACCUGGCACGUAGGAGGUACGUACCGGUGGAGAAGAUCCCUUCAACCUGGUGCACCCAAUGUCAACAAUAAGGAUCAACCUUGGCAACUCGAACCUCACAUCUCUCGUGAUAAGCAAGGAAAUACCAAAACUGACGUCAACAUCCAACGUCACGGUGACAAUCACGAUUUUGAGGGAGGUUGGUCUAAAGUUGUUAGAGGCCCCAAUAAGGCGAAACCCACCUGGCACGUAGGAGGUACAUACAGAUGGAANCCUCACAUCUCUCGUGAUAAGCAAGGAAAUACCAAAACUGACGUCAACAUCCAACGUCACGGUGACAAUCACGAUUUUGAGGGAGGUUGGUCUAAAGUUGUUAGAGGCCCCAAUAAGGCGAAACCCACCUGGCACGUAGGAGGUACAUACAGAUGGAGAAGAUCCGUUGAAGAUGAUACUCCAAAUGCAAAUAGAGACAACGUUGAUGAGACCUUUUGGAAGUUGGAUCCUUAUACUGAAUAUGACGACAGUAAAACCGCCUUAAGAAUCAAAAGAUCUGCCGAGGAAGACGAAUCUAGUGAAGAAGAAGAUAAACCAUGGCAGUUGGAGCCUAAUUUGGGACGUGGCGAUGAUGGUAAUACUCGAGCUGAUAUAAAUCUUAAACGUCACGGAGAGGACCAUGAUUUUGAAGCAAAUUGGUCGAAAGUUGUUGAAGGACCUAAUAGAGCUAAGCCUACUUGGCAUGUAGGAGGAACUUUCAGAUGGUAAUGAAAGAGACUGGAAAUUAAAAUUAUUUAAUUUAUUUAUUUAUUGUUAUGCUGAUGCUGAAUAUAUUAAUCAUUAAUACAAUUUUAUGAUCGGCAAUAU